AUGGAUCUUCGAGGACUCACACCCGCUCCCGUGACCCCCUUCACCGAGUCAGGCGAGGUCGACUACGACGCCAUUCAGCGUCUCGGUUCAUGGCUCGGCAGCAUUGCCGGAGUCAAGGGUCUAGUCGUUCUCGGCCACGCCGGUGAGGGAACAUUCCUCACACAAGACGAGCAACUCGCCGUCAUCCGCGCCUUCGUUAAGUCCGUUGAUGACCGCAUCCCAAUAAUUGCCGGGAUCACAGGCGAAGGUACCGAAGUUGCAGCUCUUGAGGCCAAGCGCGCCAAAGAAGCUGGAGCCAAAGCCGGGCUGUUGUAUCCUUCCCACGGUUGGCUACGGUUCGGCUACCAGCCCGGUGCGCCGCAGGAUCGAUACAAGCGGGUUUUUGAGGUCAGCCAAUUGCCUUUGAUCCUGUUCCAGUACCCGGACAACACCCACGCCACCUACAACCUUCAGACCAUGCUCGACAUCUCCGCACAACCCGGUGUAUUCGCCAUGAAGAACGGUGUCAGGAACAUGCGUCGUUGGGACACUGAAAUCCCAGUCAUCCGCAAAGAGCGCCCUGGUCUUCAGAUCUUGACUUGCCACGACGAAUACCUCCUUCACACGGCGUUCGAUGUUGAUGGCUUCCUCGUCGGGUACGGCAACAUUGCACCAGAGCCGCUGAUCGAAAUGAUUGCGGCGGGCAAGGCUCAGGACUACAAGCGAGCACGCGAGAUCCACGACCAGCUUUUGCCGUUGACCAAGAGUGUGUACCACCGCGGAUCGCACAUGGAGGGCACAGUAGCGCUCAAGCACGCAUUGGUCGCAAGAGGAAUUCUUACACAUACCACCGUGCGCAGCCCACUACUCCCGCUUCAGGAGGGGGCGGAUAAGGAGGUCCACGCCGCUGUCCAAUCGGCGAAUCUGUUCAAGAUUGGCGCGGGUGGAUUGAACUAA